GUGGGUGGGUGAGAGCCGGGGGGGUUUCGUGCCGGUUGCCGCCAUGCGGGAGCGGAGGCCGGCACCGGCCGCUCCGGCCCGGUGCAAGCUGGUGCUGGUGGGCGACGUGCAGUGCGGCAAGACGGCCAUGCUGCAGGUGCUGGCUAAGGAUUGCUACCCCGAGACGUACGUGCCCACCGUGUUUGAGAAUUACACGGCGUGUCUGGCCAGCGAGGAGCAGCGGGUGGAACUGAGCCUCUGGGACACCUCCGGCUCUCCCUACUAUGACAACGUGCGUCCCCUGUGCUACAGCGACUCGGACGCCGUCCUGCUCUGCUUCGACGUCAGCCGCCCCGAGACCCUCGACAGCGCAGCCAAGAAGUGGAAGACAGAAAUCCUGGAUUAUUGCCCCGACACGCGGGUGCUGCUCAUCGGGUGCAAGACGGACCUUCGGACAGACCUGAGCACGCUCCUGGAGCUCUCGCACCAGAAACAGGCGCCCAUCUCCUACGAGCAGGGCUGCGCUGCCGCCAGGCAGCUGGGAGCCGAGGGAUACCUGGAAUGCUCGGCCUUCACCUCGGAAAAGAGCGUCCACAGCAUCUUCCGGACCGUGUCCGGCAUCUGUCUGAGCAAAGCCCCCCCGCAGCCCCCCCGCAGCCCCCCCCGCAGCCUCUCCAAGAGACUCCUGCACCUCCCCAGCCGCUCCGAGCUCAUCUCCUCCACCUUCAAGAAGGAAAAAGCAAAAAGCUGCUCCGUCAUGUGAAGGGGGGAAGGGAAUGACCCCCACCCCUGACACGCGCACGCCUGUGGGAGCCCCCCCCUCCCAAGCCUCUGGAAUGGGGUGGGGAGGGGCUGGACAGGGCCCUGGAGACCCCCAGGAAGGAGGACGGGGGGCUGCCGCCCUCCCCUGGCACCAUUGCCCUGCCAGCCCCACAGCCUCGGGGGGGCUGCCCCCGUGGGAGGGGGUGUCUGGGGGGUGUCUUCACCUGAUCCCCAACCCUGAGGGGGUCCCUGUGGGGUUUAGGGUGCCCAGACCUUCAGGGACAUCGACCUGGGAUGGUCACUGUAGGGUUUGAGGUGCCCAGACCCCCAGGGACAUUAACCCUGAGGGGAUCCCUGUGAGGUUUAUGGUGCCCAGACCCUCAGGGACAUCGACCUGGGAUGGUCCCUGUGGGGUUUGGGGUGCCCAGACCCCCAGAGACAUCAACCUGGAUGGUCCCUGCAGGAUUUGGGGUGCCCAGACCUUCAGGCCAUCGACCUGGGAUGGUCACUGUGGGGUUUGGGGUGCCCAGACCCCCAGAGACAUCGACCUGGGAUGGUCCCUGUGGGGUUUGGGGUGCCCAGACCUUCAGGGACAUCGACCUGGGAUGGUCCCUGCAGGAUUUGGGGUGCCCAGACCCCCAGAGACAUCGACCUGGGAUGGUCCCUGUGGGGUUUGGGGUGUCCAGCCCUUCAGGGACAUCGACUGGGAUGGUCACUGCGGGGUUUGGGGGACGCAGGGACACUGUUCUGGGGGAUCCCUGUGGAGUUUGGGGUGCACAUCAUGGGACUCAUCCGUGGGCUCAUCCUGUUUUCUGCCCCUUUUACCCCAUCCCUCAUCUGCUGCUUGGCCCUGGGGGACCCCGGUGGGUUGGGGAGGGGGGAUGUUUUAUGGAUUGUCUUUUGGGGUGGGGGAUGUCUCCGUUCCAUGUCAGUGUUAUUAAAAAAGCUUAUUUAUUAUCAGAAAUAUAACACCUACCUACGUGCA